GAAAAUGUUUGCAAGCCGAGCAAUCUCUGCCCUGCAGCCAUCCGCCACUAGACUGGCCAUCAGCUCCUGUCUAAUCAAUGCUGCUGUUUAUCGCUGCACUCCUAGUGCUUUCCUAAGAUCUGUUCAACUUGCACAGCUUCGUCAGUCCUCAUCUGGAAGUGCUGGAACUGAAGCUGCCAUGUCCAAGAGACUUGAGAUGCUCGGAGCUGAUGCUUCUAAACCUACGCUUGACAUUGAGCCAUUUGCCAAAUCUGAGCGUCUGCAUCGUCCUAUUUCUCCUCAUCUGACUAUAUACCAACCACAGCUUACCUGGUAUCUUUCUGCUGCGUUUCGUGCCACGUCUGGUGCUCUUGCAGUUGGUUUUUACGGCGUUGCAUUGGCCUAUGUAUUUUUACCCAUUUCGUCGGUUGCGAUUGCCAGUUUCAUUCAUUCGCUUCCUGCCGCUGCUCUUUUCCUAGGAAAAUUUACCCUUGCUGCUCCCAUCUCAUUCCAUCUGUUCAACGGUCUGCGUCAUUUGAUCUGGGAUACUGCAACGCUUCUUAACCUAAAGGGUGUUUACAACUCUGGCUAUACUGUUCUUGGUUUGAGUGCUGUUGCUGCUGUUCUCCUUGCACUUCUUUGAUUCAAUCAUCAACAAUAAACAUGCGGAUUUUGAAUCUGUCU